AUGUCAUAUAACAAAUCAUCGUUUCACCCUGCGUUUAUCGUCACCAACAUCAAAAACAGUGUUCCCAUUGUUCUUGAGAUGGAGAACGUCUCUUAUUCUUCGUGGGCAGAGCUAUUUAAAAUUCACGCAAAAUCUCACAAGGUCCUGGAUCAUAUAAUCCCUCCUAAAACCAAGGCUCAUCCUCCUUCUACUGAUGAAGAGAAAGGACUUUGGUCAACCUUGGACGCCAUGGUUAUAUCAUGGAUUUAUUCUACAAUCUCUCGUGACUUAUUGCAGACCAUAAUCGAGCCCGAUGCCACGGCCAUGGAAGCUUGGGAUAGAUUGCAUGAUAUAUUCCAAGACAACCAACAUUCCCGUGUUGUUGCUCUAGAACAUGAAUUCUCUUCUACUGCUAUGGAGGAUUUUCCAAAUGCUUUGGCAUAUUGCCAACGUAUCAAGUCCCUUGCGGAUUAA